CCUCUCAGAUUGGGAGUUAGGACGGGAGGCUUGUUGUUGUGGUUGGGACGGUGUCCUUCCAGAUAAGACGCAAAAGGAACAAUGAAAGGACAGCUUCCUCUUCACUUUCUCUGUUUGUCUUCCUCCUGAGACAUCGGUCUCUUCAUCUUCCUUUUUUCAGAAAGCAGGACCACUGGCGACUAAGAUGGGUGAAUGGGAUCUGCUGGGCCGCCUGCUGGAUAAAGUGCAGAGCAACUCCACGGUGAUCGGCAAGGUCUGGCUCACCGUGCUCUUCGUCUUCCGCAUCCUGGUCCUGCGCGCCGGCGCUGAGAAGGUGUGGGGCGAUGAGCAGUCCAACUUUGUGUGCAACACCCAGCAGCCCGGCUGUGAGAACGUCUGCUACGACCUCGCCUUCCCCAUCUCUCACAUUCGCUUUUGGGUCCUUCAGAUUAUUGCUGUGGCGACUCCCAAGCUGCUGUACCUUGGUCACGUCCUUCAUGUGAUCCACAUUGAGAAGAAGAUGAAGGAGAGGAUAAAGAAGCAGGUUGAGUUCAGUGACCAGACCAGUCUCUUCCUAAGGAGGGCCUACAAAGUGCCCAAGUACACCAAGAGCACCGGCAAGAUCCGGAUCCGUGGCCGUCUCCUUCGCAGUUAUGUCCUCCAUCUUGUGGCCAAGAUUGCCUUGGAGGUUUUGUUCAUCGUGGGUCAGUACUUCCUCUACGGCUUCACCCUCCAGACGCGCUACGUCUGCGAGCGCUUGCCGUGCCCCCACAAGGUGGACUGCUUCCUGUCCAGGCCUACAGAGAAGUCCGUGAUCAUCUGGUUCAUGCUGGUGGCGGCGGUGGUCUCCCUCGCCCUGAGCCUGGUGGAGCUGCUCUACCUGUGCGUGAAGGCUGUGAAGGAGUGCAUGGCGAGGAGGCAGGACUACACAGUGACCCCCGUGACACCUCCACUUUCAGCGAGGAAAGCUUUUAAAAGCCGCCAUGAGAUGAUCCAAAAUUGUGUGAACCUGGAGCUAGAGCUCCAUGGAAGGAAGUCAGCGGCGAACGGGGCCAUCGGGGGGGUCAGCGAGGCUGCUAAGGAUGUAGCGUCCGAAAGCAGCAACAUGGGGGAGGAGGUCCGCGUCUGACGCCUAGAGUCAGGGACACGUGGUUUCAUGUGUCCA